AUGAAUCAGGUCACCAUUCAAUGGGAUGUGGUAAUAGCUCUUUACAUACUCUUCAGUUGGUGUCAUGGAGGAAUUACAAAUAUAAACUGCUCUGGCCACAUCUGGGUAGAACCAGCCACAGUUUUUAAGAUGGGUAUGAAUAUCUCUAUAUAUUGCAAAGCAGCGAUUAAGAACUGCCAACCAAGGAAACUUCAUUUUUAUAAAAACGGCAUCAGAGAAAGAUCUCAAAUCACAAGGAUGAACAAAACAACAGCUCGGCUUUGGUAUAAAAACUUUCUGGAACCACGUGCUUCCAUGUACUGCACUGCUGAAUGUACCCAACAUUUUCAAGAGACACUGAUAUGUGGAAAAGACAUUUCUUCUGGAUAUCCGCCAGAUGUUCCUGAUGAGGUAACCUGUGUCAUUUAUGAAUAUUCAGGCAACAUGACUUGCACCUGGAAUGCUGGGAAGCUCACCUACAUAGACACAAAAUACGUGGUACAUGUGAAGAGUUUAGAGACAGAAGAAGAGCAACAAUAUCUCACCUCAAGCUAUGUUAACAUCUCCACUGAUUCAUUACAAGGUGGUAAGAAGUAUUUGGUUUGGGUCCAAGCAGCAAACGCACUAGGCAUGGAGGAGUCAAAACAGCUGCAAAUUCACCUGGAUGAUAUAGUGAUACCUUCUGCAUCCAUCAUUUCCAAGGCUGAGACUAUAAAUGCUACAGUGCCCAAGACCAUAAUUUACUGGUAUAGUCAAACAACAAUUGAAAAGGUUUCCUGUGAAAUGAGAUUCAAGGCUACAACAAACCAAACUUGGAAUGUUAAAGAAUUUGACACCAAUUUUACAUAUGUGCAGCAGUCAGAAUUCUACUUGGAGCCAAACAUUAAGUACGUAUUUCAAGUGAGAUGUCAAGAAACAGGCAAAAGGUACUGGCAGUCUUGGAGUUCUCCAUUCUUUCAUAAAACACCUGAAACAGUUCCUCAGGUCACACCAAAAUCACUUCGACAUGACACAUGGAAUUCUGGACUUCCAGUUUCUUCCAUUUCUACAAGACGCCUUACUUCUGACAACAGAGAUGACAUUGGACUUUUAUGGGGAAUGAUCGUCUUUGCUGUUACAUUGUCAAUUCUUUCUUUGAUUGGGAUACUUAACAGAUCACUCAGAACUGGAAUUAAAAGACGAAUCUUAUUUUUAAUACCAAAGUGGCUUUAUGAAGAUAUUCCUAAUAUGAAAAACAGCAAUGUUGUGAAAAUGCUACAGGAAAAAAGUGAACUUAUGAAUAAUAAUUCCAGCGAACAGGUCCUGUAUGUUGAUCCCAUGAUUACAGAGAUAAGCGAAAUCUUUAUCCCACAACACAGGCCUGCAGACUACAAGAAGGAAAAGAAUACAGGACCCCUGGAGACAAGAGACUACCUCCAAAACUCGCUAUUCGACAAUACUACAGUUGUGUAUAUUCCUGAUCUCAACACUGGAUAUAAACCCCAAAUUUCAAAUUUUCUGCCUGGAGGAAACCUUCUCAGCAGUAAUGAUGAAAUCACUUCCUUAACACUUAAACCACCAUUUGAUUCCUUAGACUUAGGAAAUAAUCCCAGGUUAAAAAAGCAUCCUAAUUUUGCUUUUUCUGUCUCAAGUGUGAAUUCACUGAGCCACACACUAUUUCUUGAAGAAUUAAGCCUCAUAUUAAAUCAAGGAGAAUGCAGUCCUCCUGACAUACAAAACUCAAUAGAGGAGGAACCCACCACGCUUUUGGAAAAUGAUUCACCCAAUGAAACUAUUCCAGAACAGACCCUGCUUCCUGAUGAAUUUGUCUCCUGUUUGGGGAUCCUGAAUGAGGAGUUGCCAUCUACUAAUUCUUAUUUUCCACAAAACAUUUUGGAAAGCCACUUCAGCAGGAUUUCACUCUUGGAAAAGUAG